GUUUCCAGAGUUGCGUAAGUUGCUGUUGCUGAUUUGUAUAGUGUCGUGAUGUCUGGCCGCGGAAAGCAAGGCGGGAAAGUGCGGGCCAAGGCCAAGUCUCGCUCUUCUCGUGCUGGGCUGCAGUUUCCAGUCGGGCGUGUACACCGACUGCUGCGCAAGGGGAACUACGCGGAGCGAGUGGGAGCCGGCGCUCCCGUUUACAUGGCUGCGGUGCUGGAGUACCUCACGGCGGAAAUCUUGGAGCUGGCUGGCAACGCCGCCCGGGACAACAAGAAAACCCGCAUCAUCCCCCGGCACUUGCAGCUGGCCAUCCGCAACGACGAGGAGCUGAACAAGCUGCUGGGCAAAGUCACCAUCGCCCAGGGGGGCGUCCUGCCCAACAUCCAGGCGGUGCUGCUGCCCAAGAAAACCGAGAGCCACAAAGCCAAGGGCAAGUGAGCAGAAUCAUUCUGAUCGCUGAUGCCUGGACUAUUUCCAUGUCCUGAACGUUUGGAAUUGACUGGAUGCAAGAUUCCAACAGACUUACAGACAACUGCCAUCAAGUUGCGUGUAAGGCCUUCACCAGCUCAGCCCAUAAAUCCUGUUUGAUUUACUGUGGAAUGAGCCUCUGCUCCUCCCUGGGCACAGAG